UCCGCGUCUCUUUUUUCUUUUCUUCUUCUUUUAUUGAAUCAUGUCUACUCGCUCUCCUAACCUUCAUCAUGUGAAGGGAUCAAGGUCGCUUGAUGCAAGUCACUCUGAAAGUAGCAAAGUGACCCAUAUGAAGCAACCACAUCAUAGCAUUGGGCAUUAUUCAACCCCUAUUGAUACUUAUCAUCAUACGCAUAGCCGUAGCAACAGCACGCAAAAGAAAAGCACAUCAUUGAAUUCAACCUCAAUGCAACCAGAGCGGGAUUAUACUUCUCGUCAUGCUAAAACAAGUCUUUCAGGCACGCCUAUCUUUAUCGAGAAAAAACAAAGUCAUUAUAGCCUACUUAAAGCUUUCCAACAACAACAAGGUACACCUGAACCUGUCAGAAGUCGUCCUUGGCCCUAUCUGGGCUAUAUGAUUAACAGUUUCAAAAACUUAUUUUUAACUUUCUAUUUUAAUUGGCCGUUAUUUUUUACUGCACCCGUCAGUUCAGCAGCUCUUUUGAUGGUGUAUCCUACUACCAUGACAUUUCUUGUCAUGUUUGAAAUAGGCCUUAAACUCUUUAUGGUCAAACUGGAAGGCUGGCGUAUCUUAAAGUAUAUGAGUGUCAAGUAUGGUGAAGGGUUCAGUGCUAUCAAUUGGGGAUCACCUGAGUUCAUGUUGUCUGAUUCAUCUGCACAGCUUGUGCUUGGGACACUGCCUAUCUUGGGUACGCCUGCAAGCCCUAUUAGUGUUUCAGGCUGUCGGCGCCGUACGUUUGAUCUUUCUAUUGCUCAAUCCUUUGUUCUCUUAUCGUCUUUGAUCUAUGAGCGAGAUACUAUCAAAGUAAAAGAAGCCUAUGAUCUCUAUAUGUCUUCUAGAGAUGACCAAAACAAAAGAGCUUCCGACAUUACCAAGGCCAAUUCAGAAUAUAUCAUUGAAAGCAGAAUGAAGGAGCUCUUGUGGGAAUCAGAAGCUCGUAUUCGACAGAUUGCUGAAACCUGGGGGCUGCAUUUUGCCGGUGUCUCUGAGCUUAAAUCGUUGGGUGGACCAUUUUGUGGUAUCUUUUGGUCAGAAACCAUGCCCUUCAUUAUAGUUGCCUUCAAAGGAACAACACCUACUAACUAUGAAGAGUUUUUGGUAGAUGCUACAUUUCAACGUACGGAUGCUCGCUCUUUUUUGUUUGGCUGUGUUCACGAAGGCUUUUAUGAGUCCCUUUUCAGCACGACAGGCUUUGGUGAUCAAGAUAUACGUGAUCCCUAUGGUGCUAUCUUGGCUGCUGUUCAAGCGAAAGCAGCUCAGAUUCAAGAACAGUUACACACCACUGCACCUGUUCAAUUAUGGAUCACAGGCCACUCUUUAGGAGCAGCAUUGAGUUCGCUCUUGUAUGCAAGAUGGCUUAAAUGUCCUCAAGAUUUAUCUGAUCGACUUGUCUUGCGCGACUGUUACAUUAUUGGCACACCAGCUGUAGGCGAUAGUGAUUUUGCAUCCAAUUUCUCUUCACAUACCAAUCUACCCGUCACACGAUCGAGCACAUUAUGGCGAAUCAUUAACAAAAGUGACAUCUUUUCUCGACUUCCACCUGGCUAUGAUAGCAAAACGUGUGGUCAUUUCAUCAGCGAAAAUGAUUUCUUUAAUUAUUCUCAUAUAGGCCAUACUAUUCAUAUCACACGUGAAUGGCAUACAAAGCCAUUAAAAUCUUACCCUUCAAGCUAUCAACCACCUAUGCAGGUCAAUAUUGUUAUGCGUCAUCAACAACCCGUACGUAAUCACAAGAAACUACUUGCACGACAGUAUGAAAAUUUACCUCUGCCCAACUUGCCUAAAUGGGCCACACUGAUCAAAAACUCUUGGGUACAACGAUACUUGCCACAUGGAAACCCUAUUUAUUUCAUUGAAAAGAUGUACCCGUUCUUCUUGAUGGAUCAUAUGCCUUCUCAAUACUUUCAUGGUCUACAAAGAGCACGUCUAUAUUAUGAAAAAGAAGAAGAAGACAUGAUGCAUCUCCAUCAUCAAUUUGUUACUGAAUCUCUUGCUCUUGACAAGCCAUAAUUUAUUUUUUCUCAAAAAAACAAUAAUUUAUUGUUGUUGCUGUUGUUGUUGUUGUAAAGAUUCGAAUGCUUCUUCCACACACAUUUUUAAUGAUGGGGUAUCAUACAUGAUAUUGGCU